AUGCCAACGGCUGCGAGACGCUCCUUGCACCCGCUCGACGCCUCCGCGCAUCACGCCGGCCGUGCGUGCGUGUGUGGGUGGUGCGUGGGUGAGGGAGAGAGGACGAGCGAAGGCGUAUGUGUGUGCGCAAGUAGCAUGUGCGCGUCGGACGGCACCCGUAUCCGACAGAGGCUUUGGGAGUUGGUGAUCGGCCACUGGAGCAGCGUUUGGGUGCAGGCGUGCAGAGAGAUGGGAGUGCUAGAGCAUGUCGAAAAGGGUAGGUGGGGAGAGGGAGGCUCGCGGAAGGAGCAUCAUGGUUCGCCGGAAACAGUGAUUGUCGCGGCCCAGACCUCGAGUAUUUGCCUCGUCCGCCCAUCUCUCCCUCUCUCUGCCUCGCCUGUCCGCCGCCAGACCGCCAGACCGCCAGUUCGUCACGCAGGGAACGUCACCCGCCAAUCCAAAAUGCCCCUCCUCGUCCCCUCGUCCCCUCCCCCACCCAUCCCUGCCGCCACCACUGCUGCUCUCUUCGGCCCGCUCUCAUCUGCUGCACAUCCUCGCCCUGUCCUGCCCUGCCCUGCCCUGCCCUGCCCUGCCUGCCCCCCUAGCCCCCAAGCACCCAGGCCGGCCUGCACCUCGACAGUGCAUACAUACUUAGUACACACAACCCCAACUGCCUGGCUCCUGUGCGUAGCCCGCUUGCGACGGUAG